CUUCAGUCACAACCUCGUCAGAGAACGACUCUCAUCGUUGAACUGUUCCGCGGUCAGCUGCUGCGGGACAUGUCAAUUAUAUAUGAUAGACAUCGCGAAAAUCUGCUCCGGUGGCUGCGCUCAACAGCCGAGACGUCGCUUUAGACGGAAGAGGAAAGAAUCGGAAGGUCUGUAUUCCACUCCACGCUGCAGACAAAAGACGGAGGAUGCGCGAUGCCGUGUUUGCGGAAAUGUCUUAGGUGGAACUGUGUUCAAUGACAAACCUGCACCAAAGAUGAGGAAGAAUUUUGAUAAUGGCUUCAUUGCUGAAGUUAUCAUACGGCUGCUGCUUUUAGCUGUGUUUAUCGCAACGGAGCAACUGCCUCCUUUCAGCAGAGAGAUCCAGCCUGAGGAACUCUGGCUUUAUAAGUUCCAACCGGUCAAAAGGGACCAUGUGCCUACCCGUCUCAUGUUUACUAUCGCCCUUUGCACACCAUUGGCGGUUAUUUUCUCCUUCGCCUUCUUGAAACAAGGUGGAAAGGAUGUUAAAGAAGCAUCUCUGGCUGCAACUUUGGCGCUGGUGUUGAAUGGAGUUUUUACGAAUGCUAUCAAGCUUGCCGUUGGCAGGCCACGGCCUGAUUUCUUCUACCGAUGUUUUCCGGAUGGCCAGAUGAAUUCGGAGCUUCACUGUAGCGGUGACCCCGAUGUAGUAAUGGAGGGCAGGAAAAGCUUUCCUAGUGGACACUCUUCCUUUGCGUUUGCUGGUCUGGGCUUCACUGCCUUAUAUGUGGCUGGAAAGCUGCACUGUUUUAGCCCUUCAGGUCGGGGUACAGCCUGGAGGUUGUGUGCCUUCCUCACCCCCCUUCUCAUUGCCGUUUUGAUCGCCAUCUCCAGAACAUGUGACUACAAACAUCACUGGCAAGAUGUGUUGGUGGGGUCUCUCCUUGGUUUAGCUAUUUCUUACUUAUGUUACCGACAACAUUAUCCACCUCUGAACGACUCGGACUGCCACAGACCCCUCCGAAUGAGAGAGCCACCAGCGCCCACGCAAGAGCGCAAGCAGACCAACCAAGGCUACCUUUUACCUUUGUAGGAACUUAAAUUCUGCUACACCCAACUAGGACCAACAAUUUAAUACUGUGUGAAUGUUCCUUACAGCUGACUUGGGAUACAUACGCCUUCUAAUGUCAGUUGCUGCGAUUAUGUCUAUUUUAUGCGUGCUACCAUCCAACUGGUAAUGGUUUUUGCCUUUCUGUACUGUUGUUGACAUUCCCAAUUAAUGUUUUGUGUGUUGUAGGCCUGUCUUUUUGAAAAAAAUGUAUCAUUUGUAUCUCUUUAUAUGUGAAAUAUCCCAGUGAGAGACCUCAAUGUAUGUUAAACCCUCUUCUAGUUUUUUUUUUACAAUAUAGCAGACAUAUUUAUAGAACUCUUGUGUACGCACAAAGGAAAUGUUCACCCAGUAUCUUGUCAAUAAAGUUUGUGAUGAUUUGUAUGUA